AACGUCCUCCGCCACCGUUGUUCGAUAAUUCAGAUUCAGCAUCCUGUGUAUCAGGGUUUUGAAGUCAAGUAAACGAUCAAUUUGGGGCGUUAAACAAUACGCUGAUGAAGCCAAUUAGGCUUCCGGAACCGCCGGGUAGUCCACCGAGAGGGGUACCGGAUAUCUUCGAAGGCGGGGUUUAUGGUGUUGUCAAGCGGGCUAUUAUAAUCGGUAACGGUUUCCAGGCAUCGGAGAAUCAGAGUAUUGGUUUAGUUAGAGCGCUUGGAUUUUCGGAAAGACAAACUCUAUAUCGUGUUACAAGGCCAAGAGGAGGUGUCAAUGAAUGGCUGCACUGGCUCCCAGUUUCUCUCCAUAAACAGAUAUACUACAUUAUCAGGCUGAUUUAUGGUUAUUCACGAGUUCUUUUUACAAGCAGAGGGAAGAGAGUUCAAUCUUUGGCUGGAGAAAACGGUGGAAGUGUAGGCUUGUCAUCUAUACUUGAAGCAGAUGUGAGGUCAAUAGUAACAAUGGCCAAGGGAACUGCUGAGAAGGAUGGACCUUUAUUGGUGGUUGCAUGUGGCAGAGACACCAUAUCAAUUGCGAGCUCUAUAAAAAGGCUAGCAUCUGACAAUGUGUUUGUUGUUCAGAUUCAACAUCCACGAACACAGUUGAGUAGGUUUGACUUGGUGGUCGCUCCCCAACAUGAUUACUUUGCUCUGACUCCUCUUGCACAGGAGCAGGUUCCACGGUUCUUACACAAGUGGAUUACUCCUGACGAGCCCCCUAAUAAGAAUGUGGUUCUUACUGUGGGAGCUCUGCAUCAAGUUGAUUCUGCUGCACUUCGCAGUGCAGCUAUCACCUGGCAUGAUGAGUUUGCACCGUUGCCGAAACCCUUGAUCGUGGUUAAUAUUGGGGGACCUACAAGACGUUGUAGAUACAGUAUGGACCUUGCGAAGCAGUUAACAACCUAUUUGCGUGACGUUCUUGAUAGCUGUGGGAGUGUAAGAAUUUCUUUCUCAAGGAGGACUCCGGAUAAGGUUGCAGCUAUUGUGCGAAAAGAACUCAAAGACCUGCCAAAAGUCUAUGUAUGGAAUGGUGAAGAACCAAAUCCGCACAUGGGACAUCUAGCUUGGGCAGAUGCUUUCAUUGUCACUGCAGAUUCAGUCAGCAUGUUGAGCGAAGCCUGCAGUACUGGGAAGCCUGUAUAUGUAGUUGGAGCUGAGCGGUGUAAAUGGAAAUUCAGCGAAUUUCAUAAAGCUCUAAGAGAAAGAGGUCUGGUUCGGCCAUUUACAGGCCUCGAGGAUAUGUCGGAAAGCUGGAGUUACCCACCUCUAAAUGACACUGCAGAGGCUGCAAAUCGUGUACAUGAAGCACUUGCUGACCGAGGAUGGAGAUUGCGGCCAUAGGAAGGAUCACCUUGGGUUUUUUCUUGUUGCUUAAUCUGCAACAUCUACUACACAAGAUUGGUGCAGAUAUAGCCGACUUUUUGUUUCUUUUGUUAUGCAUAGGCGGAUUAUAGAUAUAGUUUGGGUACAAUUGCAAACGCCUUUACUGUGAAAAGAAAAACCUUGAGGGGAGGGAUAGAGAUUGAUUCGUGUUCUUUCGACUAUACUUAUUUGUGGAAAGUGAAGUUAAUAAAACAUGGCUGUAUCAUUCAAACCGUUUGUUGUCGAGAACAUCACUUUCUACCGGUAACUAAUCAAGCAUAUGGUAUUGA